UCCUUCCAUGGACGGACACCCAAUCAUUCUUUCUUGAAUGGUGCGUAACUUUCGAGUCCAGAAUUCUUCCGUAACUUGGUGACGGGACUUGUGUGGGACAAACCCCCUCCAAUAUUUGUGCAUUCUGGUGAUGAUCGAUUUUUGGGGAAACUUGAAAGUCCAUGUAUACUAUGCCUUCUCAAUUUGUGGAAUGCUGAAAGCUCAAAGAGGAAAACAACUAUCGGCCUUGUAGUGGUCGGGUAUAUUGUCCUAUGGCCAAGUUCCUGCUGAUCCACGAGUCAACCGCCGAGGCCAUAGACCGAGAAAAAAGGACGACAAAAACACCCUGAUGUUUAGUCGUGGCCUGGACGAGGGACGAGGAGGCGCUUCUUCGAGCACUAACAAUGGCAUUGGACCCACGUUGAGUGCUGCUGGAACUGCAACGACGUCGACGACAAUGGCGACGCCCUUGGGCUCCUUGAGUUUCCCCUUUGGGAGUGCGAACGGCCUUUUAAGUGGCUCAAGUAACGACGGUGGAGGUGCACUUCCUAACGGCCUCGGUGCCAUUCAUGGUGGGCCAGGUGGAAAAGCUGGAUUUGGACUUGGGGGCGGACCGAGUUUGGAUGGUGCAACGAGUCGAGCCACGAGUCGAGCUGCGAGUACCACUUCCACUCAUCUCACCCAUGAAGGGGUCCGAAGGAAGUACCACAGCCCGACGGGAAGGACGAGGGGAACUCUGACAGACCCAGAUAGAUUUCAGAGGCAGUUCAUGGACGAUUCUUCAUCCUAUUACAAUUAUUACGACGAUAUCAUUGAGGACGACCGAGCGAGUCGACUGAGUUGUCUCAACUCCAAGUAUGACCGCCUCCAUUCAAUCCGCUACAAAUUGGAACACAAUCAUAUUCCACGGGCCAAUUUGGAAACCAAGUUGGCCAUUUUCCAAACACUGAAGUCGCACUUGGAAAGCGACGAUUCAGAUGUGACUUUAGCCACUCUUCAAGUGAUAAGCGAUAUCCUGCCUCAUUUGGGACCAGACAUUGACGUGUGCAUGAGUGUUGUGCUCUCGCUGAUUGUUCCUUGUUUAAGCUCAGAUCGAGCCCAAGUGAAGAAGGCCACUCUCAAUCUAUUGCAAAUCAAUCUCAAGUUCUGCUGUGACAUUCAAGCCGUUCUUAGGGUGAUUGUGCAGCAAGGGCUGGAUCAUCCUGAUCCAAAAGUGGUCCACGAGACGCUAAUUUGCCUUCCCAUUCUGUUCCCAUUGGACUAUGACACACGCUAUGGUAACAAGAAUCUGUUUUUAAUUGUGAGUGGCAUUGGAAGGAGACUAGUGGACCCCGAAUUUCAGACAGAGGCCUUUAUGUCUCUGGAAAAGAUCGGAGAAGUCCUCGGACCUCGUCAGUUCCACACUUACAUAGACAAAUUUACGGCCGAGCAGAAGAAAACGUAUGACCAAAUUGUAGCCAACCGUGAAACGGCUCAACCCUCUCUGGAGGCUCAACCCCUCGCAACCAUGGGAAACGGUGUGGCGGUCAUCCCACCUGAUGGUGUGGGCGUGGUGGGACGCAAGCUUCCAGGCCAAAAGGGAUGGGUCGAGUACGGCUCGAUUGAUGAUGCUAUCAUUGAAAAGCUUAAAGACGAUGAAGAUAUCCGAGUCAGACUUCAAGGUGCCGAGGAGCUCAACCGCGCUGUCAAAGGAAUGAAGGAUAUGACUCCUCUGUUGCCGCAAUUGAGGCUAUUCCUCAACUUUUUAGAUUCCAUGUUGGAAGAACAGAACUUCAAAAUGAACCUUUUGACACUUGAAAUUUACGGCGUAUUGGUGGACCGUAUCAAAGGCAAAGUUAAGCCUCAUUUGCGCACCGUGUGUACCUCGUUACUAAAACAUUGUAGCAACCCGAGGAUUGUUGUUCGAAUCGAAAAUUAUCGUGUGAUCAAGAAGCUGAUGUUAGUAGCCAAACCUAAUCCCGUCUUGAAUCACAUGUUUGAUCAUAUCGGAGAUAAACGCGCCAUAGUUCGAGAAGCCAUCUUGAACAUCGUCAUGUUUGCCCUCCUCACGUUCCCGAGCUACGAGUUUGACCUCAAGAACAUCGCAGCCUCCAUUGUUCCCACCCUGGUGGAUCCCAAACGACGGGUCAGACAGGCCAGCCAAGAAUGUAUUGCCAUUCUGGCCGCCUUCAUGGGACCUUCCAAGGCCACACCUCUGAUCCGUUCCAUCGAGCUCCUGGAAACGCAUUUCGAAAAAGGCACCGGGAUCCUCGCUGCCAUCCAUUCACGGCUGUCAAGGCGGCAAUUGCCGCGGAUCACCCCGGACGGGCUUGUGGAGUAUUCUCUACACAUUCCCACUUCGGCUCUCCGAGGGGAAAUUGUCACCGCUUCCUUUGGGCCGGAUAUUGACUGGAUAUUGGCAGGCACAGGAUCCAUCAGUUCGGGAUCUGCCAAAUCGGUCUCUACUCAAUCGGAUCCCAGACUCGAUGAGAGCUUAUCAAGUUCGAACUCGUUUCCGAACUCUCCCAGCUUAAGACAUGGCACGUUUCACUCUUCCAUUAAUGGCACAGCUCUUCAGCCGAUUGCCAGCUCCAGAUCCGAAGAGUAUCUCAACAUCCACCCCAUCUCCCAUUCGCGACCGGACUCGAGAAACAAGGGCAAUUCAAGUCACCACGAAAAGCGGCGCCGAUCUCGCACGGAUUCCGAUCUCAAAGCCGAAGAUUUCGCUCACCUUCCAGACCAGAUUCGAGGUGGUGUCGGUUCACAUUCCGGGAGUAAGGUCAACGGCUUCCAUUCGAAUCAUCACGAGGACCGUAGGGCCUCGCAAAACGAGUCCGAACUUCCCCGUUUAACUGGAACCAAGUCUCAAGCGAGUACAGCCAGCUCAAGUGCCACACGUGAUAGCGGAAUCAGUCUUUCAGAGCAACAAGCCCGUCAGAAGGAGCUCAAAACGGGCUUGACUCGAUCAUCCAGUCGUGCCAAAUCAAAGUAUCAACAACAAAUUAGUGUGGACGAUCUGCCGGUGAAUGGGCACGCAGUUAGCUUGGCAAAUCGCAGACAAAGUAUCAAUAAGUCUCUCUCAACUGAGGAACAGCAAAGGACAGUAAGUCGAUUGAGUAAUAAAUACAAAUCAACGAGUAAAUCACAGGAGCGGUUGACUAACAAUCAUCAGUACAUGGCUGAUGAUGAGGACGACGAUGUUAAUUUGGAGGCAUCAACACGAACCCUGUCGCCUAGAUUGAAGGGGUCCAAAAGCGAAAAUCACAUCAAUGCUAUCUCUCCACCUCGGAGUCCAAAAUAUCCCAAUCCGAAAGGCAGUCAACAUGCCUUGCUCAUGAGACCGGCGGAUAAUAGUCCAUUCUCAUCACGAAUGUUGCCUAAACGAACAGGAUCUCAAAUUUCGACUCCUUACUCACAAGUGUCGGUGCCAAGCAGUUACGAAUAUGAGGAUGAUUUCACCUCGGAUGAAUCAAUCAUCGAAAAUAACUCCGUUAUCGACAACAAACAAACCACGCCCUCGGACAACAAGUCAGCAGCCUCGAGUAGAACUGUGACUUCCACAACCUCGAGCUGCAGUUUGAGCAAAAUUCCUAUUCAAAGAAACUCCAGCCUCCGUCGAAAGAAAACCGUAAUGAACCAAUACCAGGCGCUGCCUCCGAGUGUCAGCAAUCCCAACCUCGGCCAGGGAACUUACUUUUUCGAUGAAAAUGCUCCACUGUCCAGCUUGCAAUCGUCCAAGAUGCCGUCAUUAUUCAAUGACCAGAAUUUCGAUCAAGAUUCCAUUCCUCCAGGUUAUUCUCCAAUGGCGUCUGUUGUGUCAAAUAAGAGGACAAAGAAAUCGUCGAACCCUAAUCAAGGGCCCACCCACAAAACAAGUAAAACAGGAGGACGAGGCGUAAGGGCAAUUCGAGCACGACCCACUAAACCUAGGGCCCCAUUGCCCCCACAAUCAUCAAAAAUGAAUGGAACCCAAUCGAAGAGUGUGGGAAGUGACUUGAAUCAACUAAAUGAUCCAGACCCUGACCUAAGACCUGACCAAGUCGAGGAGGCCUUCAAAAAAUCAUCUCUCGUUCCGUUAACCCCUCCUGAGAAGGAUCGGAUAUCGGCUGGAUCCAACCGUGACAUUCGAAACCAUCACCAAGAUCCCGUUCAAGUUCCCGAAGAACUUACAGUUUACGAGCCUCCAGACGUGGGAUUGGAAGCUGCUCCACUCACUGCUGACAUGUCUCUUCCUCCUCCAGAUCGAUCGGUCCUCUCAACAGCUCAGAGCACAAUCUCUAAUUCCAACUACCAACACCUCCAACUGAAAACCGUCAUCACAUUGAAGUCCCCGUUCGAAGGGAGCAAUCUUGGACCAGCCCCUGUGUCUCCUCCAGAAUUUCUGGCAAGAUGCAUGGAACAAAUGGAAUCUGGGGACUGGGAAAUCAAUGUCAAAGGAAUGACUGGAGUCCUCAGGUUGGCCAUGCAUCAUCCAGAUUACCUUAUUUCAAGCAGCAAAGAAAUUGUAGAACAAAUUAUGAAGCAUGUCAAGAACUUGAGAUCACAGGUCUCGAGGGCCGCUGCUGUUACUCUGACGGAGUUAUUGAGAUCCUUGAAAAGGAACCUAGAAUCUGACAUGGACAAGAUCAUUGUGCCUCUCAUCCACAAGACCGGGGAUACGAAUAAAUUUCUUCGAGAAGAUUGUCAUGUGGCCUUAGAUGCCAUAAUUGAAAACUUGCCAAAUACCAAGGUGUUAUCAGUGAUCACUGCCGAUCCUGUUCUCAACCACAAAAACCCCGUCAUCAGAGGAACCGUGGCUCGUCUUUUGGCAUACAUCACCGAUCGAAUCACCGUUCCCAAGGCGCUCGGGACCCGAGAGAUCACCGAGAAGUUGGUCCCAUCUAUUGCCAAACUAUGUCAAGAUGGAUCUCAGGAUGCUAGGAAUUUUGCCAAACUGACUUUAGUCAUGUUCAUGGAUCAACAACCCGAUUAUGAGAAGAUCUUGAAGAAGAAUGUCACGCCCAACACGAUGAGGAACCUUGAGAAAAUCAUGGAUGCCUUAAGACAGAAUCAAAAUGGACCCACUCAGGCAGGAAGGAGUGGAAACCGUCUCCCCAAACGCAAUUCCAGGAAGACUUUGUAGACGAGCAUUUUCGAAUAAAAGACGACACUUCUUUUUGGACCAAAUUACACUUGUACGUGAAGUCCUUGAAUCUAUGUUCCUCUUUAAGGCUCGUAAUGAGAGGUCGAUGCUAGUGGUCGCAUUCGCUCGCACUCUACUUUGACUUGUGAGCCUCAACCUGAUGUACGUAAGUAAGUACUGAUGUUCAGAAAGAGACGGAACAACAUCGUUAAGAAUGAUGACCAAAGCAAAAUAUAAUCUUAGAGCUCUU